GCAGCGCGAGCUCUACCACACCAGACCCAUUGCUCGCAUCCCCGUUUCCCUCGGUUUGCUCCGUUUUGGCUGCGGGUUCGCCUCCUAGGCUGCCUCUGAGCCACUCGUGAACCUUGAGUUUGGUUCUUGCCGCGUUUCGUUGCAUUUUGCGGCGUUGAGGGAGGUCACCCGUGGCGUUUGGUCGGUCCGGGAGGUGUAACCCUAGCCAUUCGGUGUUUUUGACAGAUCUGUACGUGGGAUUUGCUCCGGUAGGGUGUGGUGGAAGGGAAUCUGGGGUUGGGAGCGAGGAGUUCGUUCGUGGCGAUGCGUUUGUGGUUGGUUUUGUGGCUUUUGUGAUUUUAUAGGGGUUUAGCCGGAGGUUUUGUUGUGAUCUGGGUUCCAGGAAGGGAGAUUGAGGGGAGGAGUGCGCGUUUGUGGACGUAGUGGUGGAGGAUCCAGCGGGUUGUGAAUUUGCACAAGCAAGAGAGGGCUGAUAGCCAGGACGUCGACAAUGGGGUGGCGAUAUAAGGCCGGCUUAGUUCUGAUCGCUUCCGUUGUUUUGAUAUGGGUCACCUCAGCCGAGGUUACGCAGAGCAUUUUUGAAGCCUACAAGCAUCCCUUCGUGCUCACCUACUUAGGGGCCUCGUUAUUAGUUAUCUACCUACCUGUGUCGUACUUGAAGGAUUACAUUUGUGACCACUACCAAAGAAAAAACAAAUUGAAACCCAAGAACUCAAAUGCCCAUGGGAUUAGACUGUCUUCCUUGCCGGGAUCGCCUAUGCGGUCAAAUGGCGUGCACAAGAAUUCCGAGAUCGAUCUUGAGAAGAUGGUCCUCAUGAAGGAGAUAAACUCUGAGAAACAAGAUCCCCAGUCCAUCCACCCCUUUUUGACCAAGGCUAGCAGCAGUUUAGACGAAUUUAAGGAUGAAAUUGUCUUUACAACCUGGGAAAUAGCGAAGAUCAGCAUGAUCAUGGCCCCUCUUUGGGUUAUAACCGAGUACUUGUCCAACGCGGCAUUGGCCCUUACAAGUGUGGCUAGCACCACAAUUUUGUCAUCAACAGCAGGGCUUUUUACUCUCCUAUUUGGAGUGCUUUUUGGCCAGGAAUCCCUCAACCUUGCUAAGGUUGUUGCAGUGCUAGUCAGCAUUACUGGAGUGGCCAUGACUACUUUGGGCAAGACUUGGUCGACGAACGACAGCAGCGAGUCUUUGAAUGAUCUUGAUCAACAUUCUUUGGCAGGAGAUUUCCUUGGUCUUCUCUCAGCUGUCAUGUAUGGUCUGUUUACAGUGAUGUUAAAGAAGUAUGGAGGGGAGGAGGGCCAUGGUGUUGACAUGCAAAAAAUGUUCGGCUUCAUUGGGCUCUUCACUCUCAUAGGCGCUUGGUGGUGCAUUUACCCUCUACACGCAUUCGGGCUUGAACCUGCAUUUAGCGUCCCAACCUCCUUGAAAGUAGAUGAGGUUGUUUUGGCGAACGGCUUCGUUGGAAGCGUUCUUUCAGAUUAUUUUUGGGCCAUGUCUGUUGUAUGGACGAACCCUCUUGUCGCAACCCUCGGCAUGUCCUUGACUAUCCCACUAGCUAUGAUGGCCGACAUGGUGGUGCAUGGACGCCAUUAUUCUUUCAUCUACAUCCUGGGUUCUGCUCAGGUGUUUGCGGGCUUUGUGAUCGCCAAUCUAACCGAACGGUUUUCCCACAAGCUGGGAGUGUAAAAUAGUGAGGUUCUACUCCAAUUACAAUUCAUUCUUUGUAGGUGCAAUAAGCUGUCCUCAGACACUAAUGCUUGCCUGAGAGAUAGUUGUAGGCCAGACUCAUUUCGUGUUCAUAUCUUCACCAUUGAAGCCCGCCUUGUAAUACACGAAUGUACGCAAAUACACACUUUCAGAGACGUGACAAUGGAUUGAGUAGUGCA